AUGGUAGGUGGCGGUGGAGUUGUCUACGGAGGAGUGUCUUCUGUUAUCUUUAACGCGAAGCUGAGCACGCCUUUUGUCGACGCAUGGGAAAGUGUGACGACGAAAAAGAAAGCAAAUAGACGAGGAAGAAAACGUAGAGCUGGUCCAACAUAUAAGAAAGACCCGGAUGAAGUUGAAGCUGAGGCCUUACCGGCAGAUGACGGGAGCGCAAAGCUGCGGAAAAUACUGGGAGAUUCCUUCGAUAUCGCCGGUGCUUUGAAGAUCAACAGCUUCUUUUAUACUGCCAACAAAUCCGAGGACGAAACGGUGGAGUCUUCGAAGAAAUAUAACAGUGAGAAUGCGUACGUAUAUAUUCGAGGAACUGGAGAGCCAGAAACAAGCAGUAAAUUAGCUGACGACAUCUCGCAAAAGUUUACAAAGUACUGCAGACUUGCUGGAGGAAAACCGCUUUCAAAAAAGCACAAUCCUUCUCACGGCGGGGUCUACUCAAAGGUGCUCAUGUGUCAGCGGUGUCAUUGCCUUUGUAUAGGAGACACUGCUACGCUCAAUCACUUAUCGAGGUGCUGUCCAGAACUUCGAAAUAACAGCGGCAAUGCGCCUCCCUACGAUCUUGAUGACAGCUUACUGGUCUACUGUGUGUUCCCGGGAUUCAUAGUACCGAAUAGCCGCAUAAGUUGCUGGGAGUGCUCAGCAACUUUGUGCUCAGUUUUUGGAUUACGAGUGCAUAUGGCCGCUUAUCAUGGUGUUUUUCUGAAGGUGGAAGAGGCGAAUGACGGCGCAAAUUCCUUCAGAAGCAAACCUACAGUUUUCACCGCAACAACACGCGCCAUAAAUCUUGCCAUCGGUCUCACAGAGGACGGUAGUCUCCCUGUCAAUCUUGAGGAGAAAAGAAAGGAAGCUUUGAUGGCAAAGCUAAAGUCAUGCGAAACGCCUUUUGCUUCUCCUACUGCGUCUACAUCUUCAUAUUCUCCGGUUUCUGCUAGCACGCCUGCAGCGAAACAACAGGAGCAAACUCGCCGUGUGGAAUCUCCUCCAAUUGUGAUACUUGAUGGUUCCCCACCUUCAGCGCAUGUAACGGAAUAUGUGGAGCCUCCGUCUGUUCAAGUAAUUGGAAGCGGUAGUCGGAAUUCACCACAUUCCAUCCAGCGCUCACCCGCUGGGUUACCUACGCCUCCACUUGAGGAGCUCGAACGUCAAAUGCACAAUGAAAGCCGUGCUUCUUUGCUAAGAGGCGAAAUGGUCUCCAUUGCGGAAGCUGAUUUGAUUGAUGAAAUCGAUGGACUUGUGGAAUCAUCCAGUGUAACUUGCAGUGAUGAAGUGAACAAUCCUAUUGCAUCAUCUUCAUCGAAGAACGCAUCCAGAGCAAGUAUCGGGAAUGGUCUUAUCAAUGAAUUAGCUGACGUCUGCUCAACCGAUGCAAGUGGAAGUGGUGAAGCUCCUGCAGAAGUGCCGAAGGAACCUUUACAAUGCGAGUUCUGCUGUCUGACGAUGCGUUCCUAUGCCGAUUUGGAGCUGCAUUUGAAAUGGCACUCAGAAAUGCCGCUUUCUUGCAAGCUCUGCGACCCUCCACUUGAUGGUUUGGAAAGACUGGAACUGCUUCUGGACCAUGUGAAGGCGCAACAUACCAUUCCUAUAGAUUCUUCCAAGCAGGAUGGCAAUUUAUAUAUUGUGUGUGCAUUUUGCAAUUUCCAAGUACGAAAGAAUCAACUCAUGGCCCAUUUGGUUUCGGAUUGUUAUAUGGCACCAUGCCCUCUUUGCGGUGACAAGCUCAUUCGAAGGAACGAUCGUGUCAACCAUAGGAAGGCUCAUAAAAAUGUUUCGGAGAGGUUUGUAUGCGAAUGCCGUCGUGGAUAUGCGACCAUAACCGCAUUCAGUGAGCACAUAUGCCGGAGCAAACCUGUUCCAACUGUCAGCUGUACGUGCUGUACUGCUAAGUUCGUUAGUGCACCGAUUGGCCAAGGGAAAGCUAUGAAGGAUGCAGUGCUCCAUUUCAUUGCGAAGCAUACGAAGGAUCUAUAUUGUUUCCCCUGUAAGAACGAGCCGCUUGAAGCUCUUAGCGAACACGCUCAGAGUCAUCUCAAGGAGGAGAACGAGAUGUGUUCACCCAAACCAUUCCUACAAACUUGCUCGGAAAUGGGCUUGCUCUAUAAUUCGAUCGAAUUUCCUAGCUUCACGCAUAAACAUCGAAAAGGAAAGAAGGCAUCAAGCAGCGAUGCAAGACGAGAUCAUACAGACACUGCUGAAGCUACAGAAUCAAGUUCAAGCUCUCGUUUGUCAACUACUUUAGAGGAAACGUAUGGUGACGAAGAAGUCUCGCAGCAAGGUGCUUGGGAAAGGGACGACUUCCAUCAAAGUGAAAGUAGCAACUCUCGUGAUGGAAACUCGCCCUCGUUACUUGAGAAACAGCGGCAGGUUCUCGCUGAGCUAAUAGAUGACUUGGGACCGCCGCCUUCCGUCAUUGUAAUAGAAAACGGAACGGCUGAGGUGCGAGAAGAAAGAGAGGAAACGCCAAGCGCUGUACCCAAAAGUUCUGUUGUUGACGAUAGCGACGAUGAAAUUUUCAUUGUUGAUGCGAUGAAGGAGCAAGCGCAACAAGUACAAGCCCGGAAAUUGUCCUCUACGGCUUCUCCUGUAGUUCAUCUCGUGAACGAGGGUGACGACGAAUGUAUGAUGCUCGACGUGCUUGAGCUGCCAACUGGUGGAACAUCUCAAUCGGUUAGUGGGCAGCGAGAAAAGAAAUACAAAUGCUCUAUGUGUAGCGAAACGUUUCUCCGACAGUCGACGUGUCAAUAUCAUGAGCAGACUUCUCAUCGCAACGAUAUAAUAUCCGAUCUUUGUGAUGAGAUUUACGGUGUCCCACUUAUGCCAGAGAGCGUCAUGUACUUGUGCCAGCAGUGCGCAGCUGCAUUUGAGGACCAGCAAAGGGCCCAUCGGCAUCGCGCUCAACACAUGGUCAAAGGACCUGCAUUUCCUUGCGAAAAGUGCAGCAGCAUCUGCUUAACGGAUUCCAACCUGCGUGAGCAUCACAAAAAACAUGAUGAUGGGAAGUUGUCGUACCGUUGCUUGAAGUGCACACCAAAUAGAAUAUUUAUAAGUGAAUCUGCUAUAUUCUUUCAUCUCUACACAGAGCACACUGUUCCUUUUAUUGCCUUCUGUAAAAAUUGUCUCCUGGCAUCUGCUAAUCUUGAUCGUAUCUUCACUCACGUGGUCUAUCGUGAGUGCUCCGGUAGCCGGGUCACCAAUCCACGGAUUUCCAUGAUAACAAUCCAGCGCUCUCUCGGUUUCGCUGUUGCAUCGGAUUUACAUUUCCAGCCAACUGAUGAGAAGAAACAUAAACAAGCAGAGGGACUGUAUGCUUUGCCUACUCUCUGCAGCCAUCGCUCGUUCAUCACCUUUGGAGACUCAUUUACUACGUGCCCGGAGGAGCCUUCGCGUUGUGCAGCUCUAGUGAAUCAAAACCGCUGGCAUUCUCACCUUUGUGCAACAAAUAAAGAAAAUCCUGGUGAAAUGCCCACGAAUAUACCGGAAGGAAUUCUUGUGAGGAAUGUGGGAGCCGACAACAUGAUAGAUAUGUUGAUCUCAAAAUUCAAAUUUAAAGAAAGAAACCGCAGUCUCCCUGCUACUUACCCUGGACCUUCACCUAAGUCAUCCUCGGUGGAAGUACCUGCAGUUUCUUCGUGCAGCCAGCCGCAUAUCGAACAGCGGCGGCAAAGUUACUUGAAUCGUCGGCGAGUUGGAAUUGCUGAGCCAGCGAAUGAUCAGUCGCCUGGAGCUUCUAUACCAACUGCGCCGCAACAGAUGUUUCCUGGAGGAUCGGCAAAUGACAUGCCAGUUCAUCGUCAGGGAAUGGGUAAUGUACAACCGCAUCUUGGAACAAAUCAGGCUGCAUGUCUUUUAUGUCGCACUCGAAAUGUACCUAUGAUCUGUGAGCCAACCGAUCGUGCCUAUGAUGCUGUGAACUCUCUGUGCACUAAAUUCAGGGAAGUGCAUCCUGGUGCCGCACAAUCGCUAUUCAGUACUUUGAAUGCGUUCAUUCGAGACAGCUCAGCAAGAGGUCGCGUUUUGUUCUGCUUCUGUCGGUGGCAUUAUCCGGCCCAAUGUUUCGAUCCUGCUGGUCGCCCGUUGUUGAAUAUGGUCCCAUCGCAGAUUAAUAGCCAAGUUCUAUUGGAUAACUUCCACAAUGGGAUGUUGUAUCCUGAUCCGGCCUCUGUCGCACUGCUUACACCUGCUCCGGUGCCUACUUCACCAUCUACUAGUCGACCCACGGUGCCUGCUCCAUCGCAAAGCGUUGCUCAAGCUGUUGUGCAACGAUGUGUAGUGUGCGAUCUGUUGUCUCCUAGCGGUACUUGCAAAGCGACUAGCUUCUACGUCGACUAUAUGGUGGCUGUUCCAGUCAAUCCGGUGACGUUGAAGGAGCAGUGGGCGAUGAACAUCUGUCGUUAUCUCACGAAUCCAAUCGCUCAGGAUAUUUUGAAUGGAUUCCGUUUGUGCCAUCAACCUCGACUCUGCCUCCGACAUUUCAAUCCUCGUACCGUGACAAUGAGUCCAUCUGGUGUGUUAGUGAGAUCACCUACAUGUGGGAAUGAUAUGCCUAUUUUGGAUUUUGCGCAAUAUGCCGCUCUGAACACGGAGUUUAAUCAGGCCCUCAGCAAACUUCUUGACGGUAUGGAGAAGUGUCAGAAUGCGAAUACCAUCGCAAUGAUGCUGAAGAUCGUUCAGGAUCUUGUGAAAUGCAGUGAUGAGAGAUGUGGACGACCGCUGAACUCAAGCAAUGAUGUGCGGUUACAUCGCUUCCAUCAACACCAAAAUAAAUUUGUAUGCAUGGAGUGCUUCAGCACGGUCGACAUCAUUCGUACGGAACAGGAAAUGAUUGAACAUUUCGCUCUGAAGCAUAGUCAGAGAAAUCGCGAAGGGGGCGAAAAUAAGAUCCAAGUCGUUUAUACUCUACACUGCCCACUUCGUAACUGCAACGGAGCCUUUCCGUCAGUGCAGAUGUUGCGGAAGCACAUCAACCAUAUUCAUUCAGCUCAGUUCCCAAUGUCGUCCGACAAUUGCGCGACGAGAUUCGUCAGCGCUGCAAAAAUGACAUUCCAUAAUGGUGUUCACGAAAAGCACAGAAGG